AUGGCUCGCCUUGGCACAGCGGCGCUCGUGGCCCUGGCAGCGUACCUCCUGUACUGCGCGUCGUCAUCGGCGACGCUGGCCUCCGCCAGCCCGACCGCGACGGACCUGGCGGCGCUGCGGACGACGUCGUCUUCGUGCGACGGGACGCUGGGACAGUGCACGGUGGGCGCGGUGGAGGAGGAGGAGGUGGGCGGCGAGGGAGCCCUGCGGCGGGCGCUGGCGCAGCGGCAGCCGACGAACCGGUACAUCAGCUAUGCGGCGCUGCGGGCCGACCAGGUGCCGUGCAACCAGCGCGGCAAGUCCUACUACACCAACUGCGCGUCGCAGAAGCCCGCCAACCCCUACCGCCGCGGGUGCUCCGCCAUCACCCGCUGCCAACGCAACACCAACUGAUCCAUGCAUCCAUCCACGGUGCUGAGGGAUGGAUGGAGGAUGAAAAGGGCUGAUAUAUAGGGAAGAGAUCAAGGUGUUGAUGCAUGCAUGGACAUGUUUGCGUUUAUGUGUUAAUUGAUUCUGCUCGCGAUCAGUGAUCAUCGUGUAAUAAGUAGCUUAACUAGGUUGUUGGCUGUGUUUUACGUACGUUCAUGCAUUCGCUUGGUUUAAUUUCAGAACUUAGAUGGUUUUGCGAU